AUGGCUGUGAGACUGAAAGAGACGCAAACUGUAGUGAGGGAACUUGAACACAAGCUGGUGAAAGAAUUGAACGGCGUAAAAGGUGAAGUUAGAGACCUUAAGGCAAGUAAAAAGAAAAUGGAGGAGCAACUACUUUCUCUGCAGAAUGAGAAUAAUGAAUUUCGAAAUUUGGCUGCAAACGUAACCAAGGAGCUAGGUUCAAAAAUAAAUGAAUUGGAGAUGAGCUUCAAGAAUCAGAUUGCAAACCUUACCCAGGAGAUUGGUUCAAACGUGACGGAGUUGGAGACCAGUUUCCAGAAUCAGAUAGCAAACCUUACCAAGCAGCUUGGUUCAAACGUAACGGAGAUUGAGACGAGUUUCAAGAAUCAGAUAGAAACUCUAACCCAGGAGAUUGGUUCAAACGUGACGGAGUUGGAGACGAGCUUCCAGAAUCAGAUUGCAAACCUUACCCAGGAGCUUGGUUCAAACGUGACGGAGUUGGAGACGAGUUUCCAGAAUCAAAUAGCAAACCUUACCCAGGAGCUUGGUUCAAACGUGACGGAGUUUGAGACGAGCUUCCAGAAUCAGAUUGCAAACCUUACCCAGGAGCUUGGUUCAAACGUGACGGAGUUGGAGACGAGUUUCCAGAAUCAAAUAACAAAUCUUACCCAGGAGAUUGGUUCAAACGUGACGGAGUUGGAGACGAGUUUCCAGAAUCAAAUAACAAACCUUACCCAGGAGCUUGGUUCAAACGUGACGGAGUUGGAGACGAGUUUCCAGAAUCAAAUAACAAACCUUACCCAGGAGCUUGGUUCAAACGUGACGGAGUUUGAGACGAGCUUCCAGAAUCAGAUUGCAAACCUUACCCAGGAGCUUGGUUCAAACGUGACGAAGUUGAAGACGAGUUUCCAGAAUCAAAUAACAAAUCUUACCCAGGAGAUUGGUUCAAACGUGACGGAGUUGGAGACGAGUUUCAAGAAUCAGAUUGCAAACCUAACCCAGGAGCUUGGUUCAAACGUGACGGAGUUGGAGACGAGUUUCCAGAAUCAGAUUGCAAACCUAACCCAGGAGCUUGGUUCAAACGUGACGGAGUUGGAGACGAGUUUCCAGAAUCAAAUAGCAAACCUUACCAAGCAGCUUGGUUCAAACGUAACGGAGUUUGAGACGAGUUUCAAGAAUCAGAUAGAAACUCUAACCCAGGAGAUUGGUUCAAACGUGACGGAGUUGGAGACGAGCUUCCAGAAUCAGAUUGAAAACCUUACCCAGGAGCUUGGUUCAAACGUGACGGAGUUGGAGACGAGUUUCCAGAAUCAAAUAGCAAACCUUACCAAGCAGCUUGGUUCAAACGUAACGGAGUUUGAGACGAGUUUCAAGAAUCAGAUAGAAACUCUAACCCAGGAGAUUGGUUCAAACGUGACGGAGUUGGAGACGAGCUUCCAGAAUCAGAUUGCAAACCUUACCCAGGAGCUUGGUUCAAACGUGACGGAGUUGGAGACCAGUUUCCAGAAUCAAAUAGCAAACUUAACCCAUGAGCUCGGUUCAAACAUAACGAAAUUUGAGACGAGUUUCAAGAAUCAGAAAGCAAAUCUUAUCCAGGAGAUUGGUUCAAACGUGACGGAGUUGAAGAUGAGUUUCAAGAAUCAGAUAGCAAAUCUUACCCAGGAGAUUGGUUUAAACGUGACGGAAUUGAAGACGAGUUUCCAGAAUCAGAUAGCAAACCUUACCCAGGAGCUUGGUUCAAACGUGACGGAGUUUGAGACCAGUUUUCAGAAUCAGAUUGCAAACCUUACCCAGGAGCUUGGUUCAAACGUGACGGGAUUGGAGACGGGUUUCAAGAAUCAGAUAACAAACCUUACCCAGGGGAUUGGUUCAAACGUGACGGAAUUGGAGACGAGUUUCCAGAAUCAGAUUGCAAACCUUACCCAGGAGAUUGGUUCAAACGUGGUGGAAUUGGAGACGAGUUUUCAGAAUCAGAUAGCAAACCUUACCCAGGAGCUUGGUUCAAACGUGACGGAGUUGGAGACGAGUUUCCAGAAUCAAAUAGCAAACCUUACCCAGGAGCUUGGUUCAAACGUGACGGAGUUGGAGACGAGUUUCCAGAAUCAAAUAGCAAACCUACCCAGGGGAUUGGUUCAAACGUGA